AUGGCAGAAGCCUCAAUGCCCAACAACGUGGCUGAUCUGUGCACAAUGGCCGGCGAUGUGCUCAUGAGGCUUGAGCUUCGUCCAGACGAAGUAGCAGCAGUCGCCAUGAAAGAGGCGCUUGCGUCGCUACCGGGCAGACAAGGCCAAAUGCCACUUCGCUUUUUGUAUGGUAGCAUGCUUCUUUCUGAGACAAUGCUGGUCAAGGACAUUGGAUUCCCACUGACAGGUGUGGCUGAAGUCAGUAUCGCUGUUGACAGCCGUGGCGCCUUUCAGUGGAAGUACUGCCAGGAUGGUGAUGGGCACAUAGCUCCCAAUGGUGAUCUCUACAGAAGAGGCAUUAUACCAAACAAAACUCAUGGCAUCCGCUCAGCUGCGUGCCUGCCCCGUGGCGUAAAGGUGUAUCUUGGCUUCAAGCCCGUCGGCACCCAUGCUUGUUUUGGAGUGGGGACAGGAUCAGUGGAGCUUUCUGCAAACGGUUACUGCACACUCUAUGGGCAGGACCACAACAGCUGGGCGAUAGCCUCGACAGAUAACAAGCUGGAAGCUCUACAUGCUGGAAAGGCUUUUGAGUUCUUCAGAGCAGGUGCGAAGACGAUUCCAGUUUCUGGCGACGAUCUCACGCUCCCACCGAUAAAUCGCAUUCAGGUAAGUUUUCUGCUUGACCUAGACGGCAGCUUCUCUGUCUGGCUACCAGGAUCCUCCGAGGAGGAUUUUCUUGUGGUGCCCUUUCAGGUGCCUAAGGAUGUGGAGGUGUAUGUUGUUGCUUCCACAGACUGGGGUAACGGUGAGAUAACUAUCUCGCAGACACCCCCUGGAGCCCAAGCUUUGGAGGAGGAGGACCUCUGGUGA